GAUCGCCCUUCCGAUAUCAAACCGACCACGUAGAACGACAUCUAUUCCUUUGGUUGUGUCAUGUACCAUUUGUUGACUCUGACUGUUCCUUGGCAUGACAUCGACGAAUUUCAAGUCCUUCAAAAAAUCCAAAAUGGAGAGGCUAUCCCGCGUCCUGAUGUAUCCGGGGCGAUGUCUGACGUCACGAACGCCUUCUGGAAUCAUAUCGAGCAGUGUUUGUCAAUGGAUCCACCUGCUCGUCUAUGUGCCUUCGUGGCUAUGACCUUCAUAGCGGACAGACUAAAGGCUUUGAAACAAGACGAUAUCCUUGUUGGAGGGGUACAGGAAGGCCAUCAAAGUGCAUGCUCGGUCGCAGAGCAGUCUUCCUUGCAAACCGUUUUCCUGUCAUGCAAUACCAAUCCCUCUAGUUCUCUAACAUACCAUUCCUUAUCUACAGUCACAUCACUAUUACUUGCUGGCCCUUUGAAUGUGUUGCUUUUCGGGGAGACUGGGGUCGGAAAAGCUCCAUUAUCAACUUGAUUAUGGGACGUGACGUCGCAUAGACGUCGUCAGGUGCAGAAACCUGCACAUUGCAGCAUACCUAUGAAGUCAAUCUUGCUGAUCGCCGAUU